UUGGAAAAACAGGCCUCCGUCAAUUCCAGGGAGGCUAGGAGGUCACCUUGUUGAAUUGCGAGGAGACUAGAGUCCUCUCUGGUCCUUCUGCUUGAAGGCGGACCGAAAAGGAUGAAAGGAACCAAACUGCUUGGCUUUUUGGAUCUCGUCUUUUGAUGUUGGAGCCAGUGAUGAGGAUGGCAACCUCGGGGAGGCCGUCAUGGAGGAAGAUGAAGAUGAGCUGGAUUUGGAAGGCCUUGGUAAGGCCUAAAUCAGUCACUCGGUAACAAAUAGUUCUGCUUCAGAUAGUGACCUGACCGAACAGCAGGGCUAACACCUGGAAGGGUGUUGAGAAGAGGAGUUAUAGUUGAGGAAAGGAGCAAAAAAAAAAUUUGCACAGCCCUGCCUGAACAGUUGGAGGCGUGACCUAACCAGCCUGGAUGACAGAGCCCCACUGAAGGAGAAUCUCCGUGCAGAUGAGCCUCUUUGCUUCUGCCUUCCCCCAGGUGCGCUCCUGCUAGUCUGGUGGUGGUAGGCCGAAGGUGGCUUUUACUCAGCGACGGAAAAUUGGAAAUGGCAGCGGAGCCGGACACCACCGAAGUGAGGGAGCGGCACAGAUUUGACCAAGGAGCCUUGGAGGAAUAUCUUUGCCAGCACUUGCCAGGCUUUCCUCUGCAGCCACCUGGAGCUUUGCUUGUCAGGCAAUACAGCUCUGGACAGUCCAACCCAACUUUUUACUUGAGGAAAGGCCUUAGAUCCUAUGUCCUUAGGAAAAAGCCUCAUGGCCCCCUUCUACCACAAGCUCACAAGAUUGACAGAGAAUAUCGGGUCCAGAAAGCUUUGUUUGCAGCUGGAUUUCCAGUUGCUGAACCCCUUUUAUACUGCAGUGAUGCUUCUGUAAUUGGAGCAGAAUUCUACAUGAUGCAACAUGUACAGGGCCGCAUUUUCCGAAACCUUGCUUUACCUGGAGUAAGCCCAGCUGAAAGAUCAGCACUAUAUAUAGCUGCAGCAGAAACUCUGGCCCGGUUGCAUUCAUUCAGCAUAAACUCACUGGGCCUCCAAGACUUUGGAAGAGGACCAGGUUACUGUAAGAGACAGGUAUCAACUUGGAGAAAACAGUAUCAAGCAGCUGCUCAUACGGACAUUCCAGCUAUGAAUGAUUUAGCUGAAUGGUUAAUGAAUAACCUGCCAGCCAGGGACGAUGAAGAAUAUUUGAUUCAUGGGGACUUUAGAAUAGACAAUAUCAUCUUUCAUCCAACAGAGGCCCGUGUCAUCGCUGUGCUGGAUUGGGAGCUUUCAACCACAGGGCAUCCAAUGGCAGACUUUGCUUAUUCUAUUAUUUUCUACGUUUGGCCCAAAGACUUCAGAAAUAUGAAAAUGAAGAACAUGCAGAAUUUAAACAAUAUUGCAGGAAUUCCUUCACUUGAAGAAAUGAUCUCCACUUAUACUCGUUGCAGGGGUAUUGCCCCUUCUUUAGCCAACUUGAAUUUUUUCCUUGCCCUUUCAGUUUUUAAACUUGCUUCAAUAUCUCAGGGUGUCUAUGCCAGAUACCUCUUGGGAAAUUCUGCUGCAGAAAAUAGCCAUGAGUUUGGCAAUAUGGUGAAACCUUUGGCAGAAAAAGGAUUACAUCUCACAACAAUGACAUCGUUUACUACUGGCUCUCUGUCCAGUGGUGUGGGAGAAUUGUUCCCACUGUCUCAAAAGGGUCAGGAUGUGCUUCGCAGGGUGAAGGAUUUCAUGAAAAAACAUGUUUUUCCAGCUCAAAAGGAAAUGACAGAGUACUAUGUCAGAAAUAAAAAUUCACCAGACAUCUGGAAGAAACCUGUGCUAAUUGAAAAACUGAAGGAGAUGGCAAAGGCAGAAGGUCUCUGGAACCUUUUCCUUCCAGCUAUUAGUGGUCUUGGCCAGGUUGAUUAUGCACUGAUUGCUGAAGAGACUGGGAAGUGCUUCUUUGCCUCUGAGGUGUUCAACUGUCAAGCACCAGACACAGGAAACAUGGAGGUCCUGCACUUGUAUGGGACAGAAGAGCAGAAGAAACAAUGGCUUCAGCCUCUGCUUGAUGGGAAAAUGAAUUCCUGCUUCUGCAUGACAGAACCAGAUGUUGCUUCCAGCGAUGCCACCAACAUGGAAUGCAGCAUUCAGAGAAACGGAGACAGAUACAUAAUUAAUGGGAAGAAGUGGUGGAGCAGCGGAGCUGGAACUCCAAAUUGCAAAGUUGCAAUUGUGAUGGCCCGAGACAAAAAUACCUCUGCCUCCAGAUAUAAACAGCAUAGCAUGAUCAUUGUGCCAAUGGAUACCCCCGGAGUCAAACUUAUAAGGCCUCUUUCAGUCUUUGGUUAUUUUGAUCAUUUUCAUGGUGGGCAUUUUGAAGUGCAUUUUGAUAAUGUUCAAGUACCAGUUUCCAAUUUAUUACUUGGAGAAGGAAGAGGGUUUGAAAUAGCUCAAGGGAGACUCGGACCAGGUCGUAUCCACCACUGUAUGAGAUCAAUAGGAGCAGCUGAAGUGGCUCUCAAAAUCCUGUGCGAACGUGCAGCUCAGAGGACGUCAUUUGGGAAAAAGCUGUACCAUCAUGAGGUUGUCGCUCACUGGAUUGCCGAAUGUCGGAUUGCUAUCGAGCAGGCAAGGCUACUUACUCUGAAAGCAGCCAGCCACAUAGACACCUUGGGAAAUAAGGCGGCAAGAAAAGAGGUUUCUAUGAUCAAAGUAGUAGCACCCCGGGCAGUCCUCAAAGUGAUUGAUUGUGCCAUUCAAGUUUGUGGAGCUGCUGGAUUCUGUGAAGAUUUUCCUUUGGCUGAGAUGUUUGCUUACAUGCGGACCUUGCGUAUAGCAGACGGGCCGGAUGAAGUUCACCUCUCAACAAUUGCAAAAAUGGAACUGCUUGAGCAAGCCAAGCAGUUGAGGGCACAUCUCUAGGUUGCAGAUAGCACCAUAACCAGGUCUGGUCUCCACACAGAGGAAAGUGGGAAACUGAAAAGAGUGUGUUGAAGUGAUCAUCAAUUUAACAUUUAUUAAAUGAAACCAUUCAGCACUUUGGCACAAUAAAUAAAACCUGUAACGUGGGUGAGGCUUAGGUUCACGUUUAUAGACAUAUAGAAAUUUUCAAGUAUUCUAGACUAAACAAAUUAAUGAAGAUUAUGAUUGUUUAUUGUAUGAGAUGUACCGGUACCAAGAUUGAAGUAGCAGAUGAGGAGACAUGCUCUGUCAAUAAUACAUAAUACAGGAAAGUGUGUAAUUUUCUUAAAACACCGUUUAAUAAGGGAAACGGCAAUCUGUGGGUAGUCUGUAGUUUAGUCUGUAGUUUACCCAGAUGCGAGGAAGGUAUAAUAUCCAGCUGAAUUUAAGUGUAACCACUAUCUACAUUAUUUACAUGUAUAGAAGUUAAUGCACAGGUUUCGUUCCACUGCCAAUGAAAGAAUAUCAGGAUGGAGACUGUGAACAAAUGUCUACUGUGACACAUUAUUCUCACUUUAAUGGGUAUUAGCUACAAUGCUGCUAUUAAGGCAGCUUUUGUUUCCUUACUUCAGUUACCUUAAUAAAAAUCAGCUUUCAUCUA